AUGUCUCAAUACCCCCACAUCCUUCUGCGCGCUGAGGAGAAGCCCCUCGAGCACCGAUCUUUCUCUCCCUCAAUUAUCAAGACUCUUGUCGACGCCGGAUACCCAGUCUCUGUCGAGCGAUCAUCUACAGACCCUAAGUUCAAGCGCAUCUUUGAGGACUCCGAAUAUGAGGCUGCUGGUGCGCGCCUCGUCAACGAGGGCACUUGGCCCAACGCCGAAGCCGGAACCUUGAUUCUUGGCCUCAAGGAAAUUCCUGAGGACGACUUUCCUCUCAAGAACGACCACAUUUCAUUUGCCCAUUGCUACAAGAACCAAGGUGGAUGGGAAAAGGUUCUCGGCCGCUUCCCUCAAGGAGGCAGCGUUCUAUACGAUUUAGAGUUCCUUGUUGAUGAGCAGGGCCGCCGAGUUUCUGCUUUCGGUUUCCACGCUGGAUUCGCUGGCGCUGCGCUCGGUAUCAAGACCCUUGCCCACCAGCUCCAGGACCCCUCCUCCAAGCUCCCCUCAGUGGAGACCUUCACCGAUGGUCGUGGAUACUACCUAAACGAGGAGGAGCUCGUUAACCAGAUCCGAGAAGAUCUUGCCAAGGCCGAGAAGUCUCUUGGACGCAAGCCCACUGCUCUCGUCCUCGGUGCUCUUGGGCGAUGUGGUAAGGGUGCUGUUGACCUGUUCCUCAAGGCUGGCAUGCCCGACGAGAACAUCACCCGCUGGGACUUGAACGAGACCAAGGACCGAGAUGGUCCUUAUGAGGAGAUUGCUCAGGCUGAUGUCUUCCUUAACGCUAUCUACCUUUCCAAGCCCAUCCCUCCUUUCAUCAACGAGGAACUUCUCGCCAAGACUGGCCGCAACUUGGCCGUUGUUAUCGAUGUCUCCUGCGACACCACCAACCCUCACAACCCCAUCCCCAUCUACUCUAUCAACACCACAUUCGAGGAGCCCACCGUCCCCGUCGAGAUCAAGAACGACCAGAACUCUCUCCCUCUAUCAGUUAUUAGCAUCGACCAUCUCCCCUCAAUGCUGCCCCGUGAGGCUAGUGAGGCCUUUAGCGAGGGCCUCAAGGAGUCUCUCCUUACACUCAAGGACCGCAAGACUUCGCGAGUGUGGGCCGACGCUGAGAAGCUCUUCAACGAGAAGGUUGCUCUGCUUCCCGAGUCCCUGCGAACCAAGAGAGUUUAA